CAUUCUUUGACGCCUUUUUGGUUUUCCGCGCCCAAACCUCAGCUCAACUCAACUGAUAUCCCCGCCAUUUUGUACCGCGCUCCCUGUUUUUUUUAUUUCCUUCUCUUCUCUUUUUCAUUUUUAUAAAAUCAAAAACAAUUUUUCGCACUCAAAUUCGCAUUCACUUUAUUUUAUUUUUUACAUUUCAGUUGAUUCAAAUGACCAGCGACAGCAAAUCAAUUAGCUCGAGCAGUUCGGGUUCCCCCGGCAUUAAGGGCAGCACUGCAGUCAACGAGCCAUCGGGCAACAUUGUUCCUGCGUCUCAGUCGCAGUCGAGCGACUUUAUAUCUUUCCUCAAGGGCGUGCUCUCGUUCACCGGCGACUUAUCCUCACUGACCUGCCCGUCCUUCCUGCUCAACGGCAUCUCGCUACUCGAAUACGGCGCACUGGAGCGACUAUCCCCUGUUCUGGCAGAGAUUACAAAGGCCGCCGACUCUGAAGAGCGCAUGAAGCUUGUCGCGCGGUGGUUCGUUUCGACGCUCUACGGCAGCUUCAACAAGCGGGUUGCCGAGUCCAAUUCUGGCGAGAAAAAGCCCUUCAACCCCAUCCUCGGCGAGCAUUUUUUGCAUCAGUACGGCAAGACCAAGUUUAUCUGCGAGCAGGUGUCGCACCACCCGCCAGUCAGCGCUAUCUAUUUUGAGAACGCCAAGGCGGGCAUCUAUGGUAGCGGCCACUUUUCCCAAAAGUCAAAGUUCAAGAGCACAACCAUGAAAGUUGUCCAGGAGGGCCGGGUGACACUGCGCAUGAAGAACACCGAUGAGGUGUACAGCCUGUCGCUGCCCAACUUGAACAUUUGCUCGAUCCUGACUGGAAAGCCCUUCUUGGAGAUGAGCAGCAACACAUUUAUCCGCUCCAGCAAGGGGUACACGGCCGAGUUCCAGUGGCACACGAAGCCCUGGCUGUAUGGCGAGUACCACAAGUUUGAUGGCAAGAUAUACAAGGAUCUCGCGCCUACCUUUGUGCAGGAUGGGCCUGGGCAGGAGCAGCUCUAUGUGCUGAAGGGCAAGUGGGUGGGCGAAUCGCGCGCUGUUAAUGUGCGGACGCGCCAGGAGGAUGUCUUGUUUGAUCCCCUUGAUGAGCAGUCUGAGCUCGAGAGCCGCAAGGUGUGGCAUGCGGUCUCGGAUGCGCUGGCUAGAGGCGACUACGACACUGCAUCGAAGGAGAAGACUGCUAUCGAGGAGGCCCAGCGUGCGGUACGCAAGCAGCGUGCCGAUACCAACCAGAAGUGGGAGCCCAGACGCCGAUGUGAGCCUGCUGUUAGGGACAGCUACAAGUACUUGUACCCUGCAAAGGACAGUAUUGGAACCGGCAGCUGGGUGUACAAGAACUCCCCACACAUGGUUGGCAAGAGCGAGGUCGCCAGCGCCAGCGCCUCUGGCACUCAGACGCCUUCGGAUGCCUUCAGCACUGCCGCUGGCAGCGUUGUCUAUCCCCACACAUACACACCUGACUUUUUUUAACAGAGCUGCUGUAUUGCCACUUUCUCAUUCAUCAUGCAUCACUCGUGCUUCAUUGUAGUGUUUACUAAAUAUGCUAUGUUAUUAUC